UUAUACAUCCUUCACUGAGAGUCGCUCUGGACUAAACAUGUGAAUGCAGUGAACAUUAUGACUCCUCGUUGGCACAGAAUUGGAAAGUAUAUCUUAAUAACAGGGAUAAUCAACAUGACAGUGGCUUUGGUUCUUUUAUCAAAUCCAGCGGAAGAAAGAGUAAUUCCACAGAAACAACAGCAACGCCAGAGGCAUUAUAUAACCAACCGAAGUACGAGUAUAUCCAGAGCGGAAGUGACCAUGCCUGUACCGGAAGUAAAUAAUUCUGGUUCAAAAGUCAUGGCCGAGGAACAGCAUAAACUGAAGGAUACAGAACAUAACGAACCCGUGGUAAAAUCAGAGAUCGCUGUCUAUUCGGAAAAUAUACCUACUAAAUGCACAAAGAAACUAAACAUAGCAUUUCUAAAAACACACAAAUCUGGCAGUUGCACUAUUUCAAACAUUUUACAGCGAUUUGGACUUCGAAACGAUUUGAAUUUUGUUUUACCCAAAUCUGAAGAAUUCACAGAUUCAUUUUGGAUUAUCAGAGAUAGUAAAUUGGACCAAUCAUCUUUAAUUCCCGUAAAACCCGGUCAGGAUUACAAUCUGAUAACAACCCAUACCACGUAUAAUAAAACAGCCUAUGAUAGAGUUAUGCCCCCUGAUUACGUCACAAUUUCGAUAUUAAGAGAACCAGAGGAUAAUUUCGUGUCAUCCAUGUUUUAUUUUUACCCAUCACAGAUAAACAUGACGAAGUACCCCUAUAUCUUUGACGAUUUCUUCUCAAAAACACAAACCCUGGCCGGACAAGGAGAGGAUUUCGGGUUACCCCCAUACACACAGGGUGAAAGGGACAGGGCGUUAAAACUUGUGAACAAUCUAGACCAGGAAUUUGAUUUUGUUAUGCUCUUGGAGUAUUUUGAUGAAUCACUUGUGUACUUAAGAAGACAGAUUUGUUGGGAUUUUCGGGAUAUCCUUUACAUGGUGCACAACAAGAAUCUCAAAAGACAAAAUUACGCACUGACCUCACACAAUCGACAACAAUUGAUACAAAUUUUAGCGGCGGACUAUAUUUUUUACGAACACUUCAAAAGAAAGUUUUGGAGAGAUUUGACAAAAGCAGAUGGCGAUUUCUUUUUAGAGGUUCACCAUUUGAAGAUUAUUUUACGUUCAGUCAAGGAUUUUUGCGAAUUCAGUUAUUUGAAAUCGAACGUGCCUCUAGUUGUUCCAGCGUCAGAUUGGAAUGAACCAUUCAGUAUCAAUCAAAGUGAAUGUUUAUUAAUGAAAAUGGCGGAACCGGAAAUGGUAAAGAAAUUGAUGCAUAGAGCCUGGGCUAAAUAUCAGAGUAAAAAGAGAUAUUAAUCUAAAUCAACGAUACAUUUACAUGUACAAUAUAGUUGAUGGCAAAUUAUAGCCCGCCAAAUAUGAUUGGCAUAUAAUUCUAUAGGAUACGUGGCCCAGUGAGAAAGAUAUUGGCUCGAUAACUUUGUGGUUAAGUGUGUGAUCCUGGUGUUGGCCCAGGAAUUUCAUCGGGAAUUUUCAGGCGUGGUCUCCCCUUGUCCGUGAUGCAGGGCAAACAGCCUGGCAAGGGGCAACGUAUAGUCGUUUGGAUGGGACGAGAUACCGAGGUCGAGUUGUACACAUUGGCGUGCACGCAGAAUUACCCUUGGCAAUUGAAAUUUGCUAUAAGAGUAGCGCCACUGGGUAAAAUUUCCAUCAUAGCACACUGUAUUGGCCUAAACCCCAUUUCAUUUCAUGAUUUCCUUGUAAAACAAACUUUUGAUGGAGCUCAUUUUCUUGGUCCGAGGUAGGGUUAUACGUCACGUUAUCGGAGAUUUCUUCACCCAACUAACACUGGGCAUGUAUUGUACCAUUUUGAUAGUUCCGAAAAUAUGAAAAUUACAGAAAGAAAAAAACAUGAAGUAUCGGGGGGCGUGUCACGCCUCAAAGUUUCUUUUCACUAGAGUUGUACCAUAUGCUUGUACCGAACUGUACUAUCCGUGUCUUAGAUGGACGUUAAACCCAAUUUCUAUUUUUCUAUUUUAAGGGUGAGGGAGAAAUGAGGUUUAACGUCCACUCAACACAAACUAGGCCAUUUCGGGACUAACACAUGGUUCUUUUUUAUUUCGAUAAUUCGCUUGCGCAUAGGGAUCUUUAAAAUACAGAUGUGACGUCAUCCUUUGAUGUUGGAGUACCAUUAUUUCAAAUAAUCGUACGGGCAAUGUGCCAAGCGUAACUUGGUAAAAUAUUGAACUCGAGUGACGUAUUUCAUUGCAAAGCACGUGCAAGUGUCUGUAUUUUAAGUUGUUUAAUGGUCUCGAGCUUAAGACAUUGCGUAAUAAAUAUUGUAAAAACAUUCGGGCCUCACGGCCCUCAUGUUGUUACAAUAUAUUACUUAAUGUCUCGCUCUCGACCAUUAAACAAUACUUAGCAGUGGGAAUAAACCGGAGGACCCGUAGAAAACCCACGAGGUUGGACAGGCAACCCUACUCCUUGUCACUUACAACGGGGUUAUCGAAACCACGCCAGUUGACUCAAUGACAGACCUUAUGAUACAGCGCGCAUGUGCUAACCAUUCGACCACCCAAACCCCUCUGUUUUAAGGCUGCAAUCGAUAUGAAAUAGGUUUUAAUGUAAUUAAUUGACAAAUAAUAAAUCGGUAUGUUUUUGAAAAACACAACCCAUAAACAUUUUUAUUUAGGUUGUCAUGAAAAGUGUCACCAAACUUUUCAAAUAUAUAAGUGGUAUAAGUGAAUAAGUAUACCCUGUCUUGUUAACGACACCCGUUUUUAUGAAUGACCAAACAAGUCCGACAAAUAAAAAUAUAAACUAGUUUUAUUAAAACCUAAAACAAUAACACAUAUAUUACAGGUUACUAAAAUACAAUAAUGAAUUCUAGGCAAUAAGCACAGUUAUUUUACUUGGAUGUUAAAUUAAAGCUAUGCUUAUUUUAAAAAACAAAUCUUUUAUAACAUUAUAAGUUUACUUUUUUAAAAUAUAUUUUCCAUAAAUGUGUUCACAAAUUGCGAACGAACGAACUCCGAAUGCUAUAAUAUUAUUAAAUCUCAUAACCAUUAUUCAAAGGGCAUUAUUUAACAAUAAACUACAACACAUACUUAUGGAAGAACAAUUACUUGAAAACGUUGAGAGAAUACUCUUCGAAACGUCGCCCAAAUAAAUGAGUAAUUGUUCUUCCAUAAUUAUGUGUUAUAGUUUAUUGCUCUAUCCAGUUACUUAAUGUCUAUAAAAGAGCAUUAUUUAACAGUAUACCAUUUAAUGAGUCGUUCGUGUUGAACAGACAGUGAAUUAACAAAAUUGAUGAUUAAAAAUUCAUUUCGCUAUUUUUAUUUUUCAGAGUAUUUUGCCAUUUUAUUUUCAAUAACUGUGUUCAAAAAAUGCGAACGAACUAACGAACUCCGAAUGUUAUAUUAUUAAAUCUCAUAACUAUUAUUCAAACGGCAUUAUUUAACAAUAUGCCAUUUAACGAGUCGUUCGUGUUGAACAGUGAAUUAACAAAAUUAAUCAUUAACAAUUCAUUUCGCUAAUUU